UUCUACUGAUCUAUUAAGGAACGAGGUGCUUCUUUGAUUGCUUUUACUCGCCGAAAGAAGAAACACUGCUCCAUUUGAUCAUAAUCAGUUGCUAGAAACACUAAAGCUUGUGUUUUUUCAAUGGAAGAUCCUUCAAGAAUGACGACGCUUCAUGACUUACAUUUGGCUUCAAGAAAAGCUGAGGAAGGAGCUUGCAGGCGAUUCGAAGCUGCGGGAUGGCUCGAAACCCUGGUUGGACCGCUUGGUCUGUCUAAUCAGCCGUCAGAGCAAGAAUUUCUUUCCUGUUUGAGAAAUGGUAUCUUCCUCUGCAAUGCCAUUAACAAGAUCAGACCAGGAGCAGUGCCGAAGGUUGUGGAGGGUCAUCCAAAUUUGCUCACCUGUGAAACUCAGUCAUUGCCCGCCUAUCAGUAUUUUGAGAAUGUCCGAAACUUCUUGGUGGCUGUGGAGGAGUUGAAGCUCCCCGCUUUUGAAGCGUCCGCUCUUGAAAGGGACGCUUUGGAGGUUGGGUCUUCAUCUAAGGUUGUUGAUUGCAUUUUAGCCCUUAAAUCUUACCAUGAUAGGAAAGAAUUAGGAGCCAAUGGGUUUUAUAAACAUUCUAGAUCUCCAAUGGUAUCACAUUCUGCGAGUAGGAUCCAUUCAAGAGCCUCUUCUACAGGUUCAUCGGACCCAUGCAGGCGCUUGGACGUGUCGUUUCCCUCUGAAAACCAACUAAAUGUAGAGACAGAACGUCAGAAACAUGAAGUUUUACUUGUUGAAGCACUUGCUCAGUGCCUAGUUGAUACAAAAGAAAACGUGGAUCAGAAUCUCUUGGCUUCGGUCCGUUCUGGAAAUCAGAAUUCUUUGAAGUUAUUCACCAAGACCAUGUCAAGUUUAUUACAAGAACAACAUGUAAACAAAUUCCCUGAGUUGAAAACAAUCUUUAAAGAUUCUUCGAAAGAAGUGAAUGGCCUAAUUAUGGAUUCGACAGACUCAUUAGAGAAUGUAUCUAGAAUUGGAAAUUAUAAGUAUUGCAAGUCUUGCUUGAAGAAGGGUAAUUGUAACCAUUGGCGCAUGUUGGAAGUACAAGAGAAUGACCUCUUGGAACUCAAAUCAUUAUUGUCAAGCGCAAAAAAAGAGUUUGAACUUUUACAGUCUCAAUUGCAGAAUGACUUAAAACAAAUAGGAAACCAGGUCCAAGAGCUUUCUACUGCUGCUGUUGGGUAUCAAUCUGUGGUAAAAGAAAACAGGCAACUCCAUAACAUGGUCCAGGAUUUAAAAGGAAAUAUUAGAGUGUACUGCAGAAUCAGGCCUACCUUCAAUGCUGAAUCAAAAGGUGUUGUAGAUUUUGUUGGAGAGGAUGGUUCUCUUGUGAUUGUAGACCCAGCAAAGCCACAAAGAGACCCAGAGAAAGCUUUUCACUUUAACAGGGUCUAUGGUCCAACUGCUACCCAGGAGGAGGUUUUUCAGGACGUUAAACCAUUAAUUAGGUCUGUCAUGGAUGGUUACAAUGUUUGCAUCUUCGCUUAUGGCCAGACAGGGUCUGGUAAAACACACACCAUGUGUGGUCCAUCUGGUGGAUCCAUGAAGGAUAGGGGAAUCAACUAUCAUGCUCUCAAUGACCUCUUCAAUAUUUCUUGUAAAAGAAGGGAUAUAAUGGAUUAUGAUGUUGAUAUUCAAAUGGUUGAAAUUUACAAUGAGCAAGUAAGGGACCUUCUAGUAGAAGACUCAUCAAGCACAAAAUUAGAGAUAAGAACCUGUACAAGCAAUGGGGGGUUGACUCUUCCUGGUGCUACAAUGUAUCCCGUGAAGUCUACUGGGGAUGUCCUCAAUUUGAUGAAGCUUGGGGAGCUGAACCGUGUAGUUAGUUCCACUGCACUCAACAACCAAAGCAGCCGCUCCCACAGCAUCUUGACAGUACAUGUACAAGGGAAAGAUAAAUCUGGAAGCAUCCUUCGUAGCUGCCUGCACUUGGUGGACCUUGCAGGAAGUGAGAGGGUCGACAAGUCUGAAGUUACAGGAGACAGGCUUAAGGAGGCACAACAUAUCAACAAGUCUCUUUCUUGUUUGGGAGACGUGAUUACAGCCUUAGCUCAAAAAAAUUCACACAUCCCUUACAGAAACAGCAAACUCACACAACUAUUACAAGACUCUUUAGGAGGGCGUGCAAAAACUUUAAUGUUUGCUCAUGUAAGCCCAGAAGCAGAUUCAUAUGGGGAAACCAUUAGCACUUUGAAGUUUGCUCAGAGAGUUUCAGCUGUUGAACUGGGUGUUGCUCGCUUGAACAAAGAGAGCAGUGAGGUUAGGGAGCUUAGGGAACAGGUUGAGAGUCUGAAGAAGGCUUUAGCAAGGAAAGAAGCACAGGAUAUGCAGUUUGAGAAAGCAAAGGAGCUGAGAUCUCAUUGCGAGAAGCCAAAAGUACCUGAAUACACACCCCCACGCAACCGACGAUUGAGUACUGAAAGCUCUAAUAUCGCAAAGGCCGAGAAGGUGAUGAAUCAAGAAAACAGAAAGGGAUCAAAAACACCUGUUGUAAAAGUAAAACUCAGAACUGAACGUACACCGACUCGUUCCCAAGGAUUGAGUUUGGAAGGCCCAAAGUACAACAAGGAUCAAAUGCAGAUAAGAAACUCUGAAGAUGUUCAAGUUUCAAAAAGGGUACAGCAGUAUGUUGCUCCUUAUCUCUCACAGGAUGCUUGGAACAAUGGGUGCAGCUACUUGGGCCAGUGUCAAAAUCCAGAAAUCACCAGUAGCGGCAAUUGUGCUGAUGACAGUUCCAUGACAGUUGCUUAUCAUAGCUAUAUUCCUCGUAGCCCUAACAAAUCAUUUUGUCAAAGCCAAACUUUAGCAACGGAUAGUAGAAUGAGAAUUCCACAUCUCCAACUACCAAAGACACCCGAGCCACAGAUACGUGCAAGAAAUGAGGUUCAGAUUGUGCCACAAAGGGACCUUGGCCUUUCUAACAAGUCUCAUACACCCAGCUUGAAUAGUAGUACAAGUAAAAAAGGAUCUCAAAUAAAGAAAUCACUUCAAAACAUUGGGAAAUUGAUUCAUGGCUCUGAGAAAAGAAAUGUGCUUUAUAAAAUGGAAACACAGUCACCCAUUCAUGGCAUGAAAAACAUUAAUGAUGGAAAGUCACCACUCAUAUCUAGUGCAAGGGCAAUGAGGAGACAAUCACUCACUGGUGGCCAGACUCUGGGAAUGGAGAAAUCCCGGAGAUCUUCACUAGGGGGGAAGUCAGGUGGAUGUCAUUCAAAUGAAACUCGGAAUGCCAGGACACCUCCUCCUGCCAACUCACCGACAUAUAUGGCAAAGCGGUGGUUAUGAAUCUUUUAGUGGUGACUAAAAUAAAUAUUGAGAUCUAUGAUGAUGAUAUGCUUUAACUCAAAGCAUGCUGACAGCGGACUUACGGGUUUGGACUUGUGAAAUGUUCCUUGAAGCAUUCCAGCGUAUCCUUGAUGAAGGUUCUGACUCAUAUUCCGGAAAUGAAAUGUAAUGGUAAUGUACAGAAGGAAUUGGAAGUUCCAUUUUGUUCAUUCAAGUCCAUUUUUUAUUGGUGCUCCAAUGGUGUCCAUGAUUCAGAAUGAAGCCUUUAUUUUCAUUAGAUAUCUAACAAUUGGUUUAC